AGAGUGUGUUCCUGGCAGCCCCAGUUUCAGAAAGUGGAUGUGUAUUAGAGGUUGCCCAUGCGCAGUGACGAAUUGUGCCAUAUUGAAACGAGGCAGUCAUCGGCGAGGCGAGCGGAGAUACAGCAUCUGAAAUCUACUUGGAAAAACUCAGAGCAGCGAUCAGCCGUCUGUGAACGCAGUCCUGAGCCAGGCGUGAGGGGGAAGGGGGUGCCGCCAGGCCUGGAGCAGUAAACGUGACCACCAGGGGGCGGGCCACCAUGAACCUUGAACUAUUGGAGUCUGACGAGGGUUCCGGGCAGGAUGACUCCGACUUCAACUGGGACGAGUACCUGGAGGAAUGCAGUGUGUCGGCGGUGCCUCACCACGCCUUCAAGCAUGUUGACCUAAGCCUGCACACAGGCCUCAGCCCCGGGAUGAAGCUGGAGGUAUGCGUGCGAGGCGAGCCCAAUGGCAGCUACUGGGUGGCCACCAUAAUCACCACCUGUGGCCAGCUGCUACUACUGCGCUAUGAGGGUUACCACGACGACCGCAGGGCAGACUUUUGGUGUGACAUCAUGACUGCGGACCUCCAUCCUAUUGGCUGGAGCAAGCAGCAUGGCCGAAUUAUGAAACCACCCGAAGGUGUGCGCGAGAAGUAUGAGAACUGGGAAGCUCUCCUGGAGGAUGGGCUACUGGAAUCCUGUAGUGCACCUGCCAACCUGCUAGAAGGGCCGCACCGUGGGAAGAAUCUGUUGGACCUCCUGUGCCCGGGUACGAGUGUGGAGCUUCAGGACAGCGAGGAUCCUGGAGUGGCCUGGGGGGCAGUGAUUGAGGAGAAUGUAGGGGGGCGGCUGCGCCUGCUCUACGCAGGAGCCGAGGGGCUACCCCAAACGCAUGCCAAGCACUGGGUCUUCUACCUGCACCCAUUCCUGCACCCUCCUGGCUGGGCACUGGAAACUGGCUGUGCACUGGCUCCCCCUGCUGCGAUACGUGCUUUGCGGAGUGAGGCGGAGUGGAGUGAAGUCCGACAGAGAAUUAGCUGCCAGGCAAUCGAGGGGACUGUCCCUGAAGAUUUAUUUAAGGACAAGCCGACAGUCUCCACUCACUGCUUCAGUGAAGGCAUGAAACUGGAAGCUGUUAAUCCCGCUACUCCUUUCUGCAUAAGCCCCGCUACCGUCACCAAGGUGUUCAGUGAUCAGUACUUCCUGGUGGAGAUGGACGUCCUGCAGGGCAGCGCGGUGUGCAGGGGGGGCAGCCGCCCCUUUGUGUGUCACAGUGACAGCUCUGGGAUCUUCCCCGCCCAGUGGAGCCUCAAAAAUGGGGUGCCGCUCAGCCCGCCGCCAGGAUACCAGGGCCAGGACUUCGACUGGGCCGACUACCUGAAGCAGUGCGAGGCAGAGGCUGCACCCCAGCACUGCUUUGCCCCAGAGCUGUGUGACCAUGACUUCGUGGCAUCCAUGAAGCUGGAGGCGGUGAACCCACUCUCUCCUGAGCACAUCCACGCGGCAACCGUCACCAGGGUCCGGGGGCAGCACAUCUGGCUGCAUCUGGAAGGGGUGAAGCAGUCCGUCCCAGAGGUCAUCACGCAUGUUAAUUCCAUGGACAUCUUUCCUGUCAGCUGGUGUGAGACCAAUGGCUACGCCCUAAGACACCCCAGUAAACCUCAAGUUCAGAAGCAGAGGCGGGUUGCAGUGGUGCAGCCGGAAAAGCACCGGACUCCAACCAGAGCCACGCCCACCGAUGCCCUGAAACAACAGGAAAACAACCAAUCGGAGAGCGGACAAAGCAACGGAAAAUACUCCUGCCCCAAGAUCUACUUCAACCACCGCUGUUUCUCCGGGCCGUACCUGAACAAGGGCCGCAUAGCAGAGCUGCCGCAGUGUGUCGGGCCUGGCAGCUGUGUUCUGGUCUUAAAAGAGGUGCUGACUCUCCUGAUCAAUGCGGCCUACAAGCCGAGCAGCGUCCUGCGGGAGUUGCAGCUGGAUGAGGAGUCUCGCUGGCAGGGCCACGGGGAGAUGCUCAAAGCCAAGUACAAGGGCAAGAGCUAUCGAGCCACGGUGGAGAUUGUGCGAACGGCAGAUCAGGUGGCGGAGUUUUGUAGGAAGACCUGCAUCAAACUUGAGUGUUGCCCCAACCUGUUUGGGCCACGCAUGGUUCUGGAGCGCUGCUCCGAAAAUUGCUCCAUCCUCACCAAGACCAAGUACACCCAUUACCACGGCAAAAAGAAAAGCAAGCGGAUUGGCCGACCCCCAGGGGGCCACACAAACCUGGAGAGCGGCAUGAAGAGGACGGGGAAGAGGAAAAAGAGGAGGAAGCACUUCUUCGUUCACAAGAAGAAACGAUCAAACUCCCUGGAUAACACCCCUGCCGGCUCGCCCCAGGGCAGUGGUGAUGAAGAAGACCUGGAUGAGGAAGACUCCCUGAGCGAGGACUCGGGCUCAGAACUGCAAGACGAGCUGCUGGAUGAUUCUGAACACUCCGAGAGGAAGUCGCAGCCUCCCUCGCCGACACUCAAUGAGACGGUCCGAACUCGUCGCAGGCGCAAAGCCCGUUCAUCCUCCUACUCCGACGAUGAAAACCGUCCCCCCUCGCCAAAAAUGCAGCGGGGAGAAGCACCAGAAAAGCUACGGCUGGACAGCAGCCCCCUGGAGUGGAGUGUGGCGGACGUGGUGCACUUCAUCAGGACCACGGACUGUGCUCCCCUGGCACGCAUCUUCUUGGACCAGGAGAUUGAUGGACAGGCCCUUCUCCUCCUGACACUUCCCACCGUACAGGAGUGCAUGGGUCUUAAGCUGGGACCGGCCAUCAAGUUGUGCCACCAUAUCGAAAGGGUGAAACUGGCCUUCUACCAGCAGUUUGCUAGCUGAGAUUACCGGAGCGAGUGGGAGGAUUAGCUCAGACUGUCGGCCAGGAGUGGCGAAGUGUUUCCACCGAUCUACAAGCUACGGUGUACAUGCAGUGGAGCUGUACACCUGCAGCUAAGGUCACUUUCAUCCAAGGCAUUCUUCUCUCAUAAUCGCGAACAGAGUGGCCGUGGCCAUAAGGUAUCUUUCUGUCUGCGGUAUGAAGCCUCCUGUAUCAGGCUUUUCUCUGUUCGGUGCAAGCCGCUGAUGGCUUCUAGUUAGCUGUCAGUAUUAUUAUUUAUACAGGCACCGCAGGUGUGGAUUUCAUAUUUAUUUUAUGUUUAAACAGCUUUGAAUUGUGGAAAAUGAAUAAAAUGCAAAAAGCCAAGCACAAAAGCAUACACUGAAGCAGGUAAUAUAUUCCUGUGAAGGGAAGAUAUUUGGUUUGUUUUUUUCGUCAAAUCUGUAUGUAUUUGUUUGUCACUGUAAAUAUAUAUACAUUGUACAUCUAAGGCGAUAUUUAAUGGUAGAAACAAAUUUGUGUUGCAGCAUGAAUGUGAUUUCACACUUGAAACAUUUUAAAUCCACUGGAACUAUAGUGGCGACAGUCGGUUAUCAGGGUACACAGCAGAAAGGUCGGCAGUGCUUAGCACUGAAUUCUGGGAAAUUGAGUUGAAUUCCGAAAGCAUUCAUCGUGCUCAUGCCUUACAUUGUGAAAUGCUACUGUCUUUGAAGAAUAAUCCAAGGGAUUGUUUUUGCAGACUGAACGAAUCUCAUAUGAAAAAGCAAGGGUCAAUUUUGUAUGUGGUACCUUUUACUCUGACCCAAACUUUAUAUAAUUUUAAAUAAAAAGCAAUAUGAAUUAUAAUUAGCACAACUUAUGUGUUGACACUUAUUGGUCUUUUUAAAACACCCAACUGUGCAAUAUUGAAACAACUGGAAUGUUUAUGUUAACAGGCAUGGGAUUUACUGGCUUUAGCUUUAGGUGUAACAUUUAUUUUCACAAAGUGACAUAUUUCUUUGAGUCUAGUCAGAGGGUUAAAGGAUUUUCUCCUACAGGCCACAACUUGUACUGUUAACCUGAUUAACUUGAAAUGAGACGCCCUGCAGAAGCUGAAAAGGGACGCAAGUGUGGCAGAAAGUCACCUAUUUGUUUUCAUUCAGGUAAAAGUGAUGCAGAAAUUGUAAAUAACUUCACAGUAGGCAAUGUCUUCUCUUGUAUCAUUUCUUUUGUAUGGAUACCUUUAAUAUGUUAUUUUUUGUUUGUUGUUUUUACAGUAACGUGUUUUAACAAUUCAUUGAACAAUCUCAUUUUUCUUGCAUGUUCCUUUUUCCUGUUCUAAUGUUUAAGGUUGGAAAGAAAUCCAAGUAAUGAAAACAAAAAAAAACUGAUUGUUGAUUUAUUGAUCUGUAUGUAAAUUAAAUUGUAUAUACGUUUGUGGAAUAUGAUUGCUAUUUAAAACCAAAACGAUGAUAAAUAAACCACAUUUUCAUUAA